AUGGACACAACUCACCCCCGACUACGAAAGCCACAUCAGAGCGAGGUUAUGGCCAGCGACCUCGGACAGUCACAAUGCAGAGAACAGACAGGAUCCGGGAUGGAUCCGCUUUCAAACUCAACUCGCCCUGAGUCUCUCAGCGGCUCUGUCUGGCGUGUCAUUCGGACGGCCUUGGGAUGCAGCUACGCUAACCUGCUUCUCCCGUUUGUGUUUUUGGGCAUGACGGCGGGAAGUCAAGGGUGGGACGACUCGAUUGUCUUCGUGUUUAACUUUCUGGCCAUUCUCCCGUUGGCGGCAUUGCUGUCGUUCGCCACGGAGGAAUUGGCGAAAAGCGUGGGACAGACCCUUGGUGGGCUGAUUAAUGCGACCUUUGGAAAUGCGGUUGAGAUGAUCGUGGGGAUCACGGCCGUCCGGCAAGGGGAAAUUAAUAUCGUCCAAUCCAGUAUGGUUGGAAGUAUCUUGUCCGGGAACUUAUUGAUUCUUGGGGUUUCGCUAUUUUGCGGCGGCUAUUCCAAAGAUGCUGUGGAGUUCAACGUCGAUGUCAGUGGUAUCCUAUCUUCGUUGAUGGUCAUAUCCUCGGCGACACUGAUUAUUCCAUCCGUGCUUUAUUCCACCAUAUCCUCCAAGUCCCACGAUGUGGAGGCUAGCGUGUUGAAUCUGUCCCGCGCCGCUUCCGUGGUUCUACUGGGCUUUUACCUGGUCUAUCUGUACUUCCAGCUCAAGAGCCAUGCAGAGCUCUUUGUGGAUGAUGAGUCCGAAGAGGAGGAGCCACAGGUCCUCGGACCCUGGGCUGCUAGCAUCAUCCUGAUUCUCGCCACAUUGGGUGUAACCGCCUGCUCCGAUGGAUUGGUGGAGAGCGUGGAUGGCUUUGUGGAUAAAUGGCAUGUGAGCCGGGCCUUCAUUGGUCUGAUUGUUGUUCCCAUUGUCGGAAAUGCGGGAGAGUUCAACACGGUGAUCAAUUCAUCGCUCAAGGGAAACAUGAACCUUGCAAUUGGAGUGGUUGUGGGUAGCACGUUGCAGAUCGCUUUAUUCGUCAGCCCCUUCCUUGUGAUGUGCGGUAUGGCUAUUGGACAGCCGAUGUCUCUUCGCUACAGUCCCUUUGAGACUGUGGUAUUCUUCUUAUCCGUCAUCGUGAUGGAUUGCUUGAUCCGUGGAGGUCGGUCGAACUACUACGAAGGAUCUUUACUGGUUGGGACGUAUCUCAUUAUCGCCAUCGCAUUCUACGUGCAUCCGGAUGCAGUCAAUGCUCCUCUGGUUUAA